GAAUUUCCAUGAGUAAUUAGAGGAGAGGGGUAGAGUCUUUUCAUUUCCAUACUUUAAAACACGUUUAGAUGUAGUGCUCACUUCUUUGCAUAAAAUCACAAAUAAAUCAAAGAAAAAGAAUGACAGAAAUUCAGGAUUUGCCGGAAGGAUGCAUCACCGCCAUACUGUCACGUACUACUCCCGUAGACGCCGGCAGAUUCUCCCUCACUUCCAAGACAUUCCGUUCUGCCGCCGACUCCGAUGCGGUCUGGAAUCAAUUUCUCCCUUCCGAUUCCAAUUUCAUAGCCUCUGUUGUUUCACAGUUUCCCUCACUUGCCAACGCUCCUACCAAGAAGGCUCUCUAUCUCGCUCUCUCUGAUCGUCCAAUCAUCAUCGAUAAUGGUCACAAGAGCUUUCAAUUGGAUAGAAAAAAUGGAAAAUUGAGUUACAUUCUUGCUGCUAGAUCUCUUACUAUUAUUUGGAGUGGUCAUGAUGAGGAAUACUGGAAAUGGAUUGAUUUGCCUGAUUCCAGGUUCGCUGAAGUGGCUGUGCUUAUUGAUGUUUGUUGGUUUGAAAUUCGUGGCACGAUAAACACCAUUGCAUUGUCUCUGAAUACUGAUUAUGCAGUUUAUUUUGUGUUCAAGAUGGUUAAUGCCCGUGGAUUUCAGAACCGUCCCGUAGAGUUAUCAAUUUUUGAGGAAGGUGGACAUGUUAGUACUAAAAAUGUUUGUUUGGAUCCUAAUGUGGAAGAUAGGCCUCACGACAGAGUAGUAGGAUUGCAACGUCCUAUUGUGAGAAGCGAUGGGUGGUUGGAGAUUGAGAUGGGAGAGUUCUUCCAUUCGAGCACACAAAAUAAAGAAGUACAUGUGAAUGUUUUGGAAAGGGGUUCUCAAUGGAAGAAAGGUCUCUUUCUUGAAGGAAUAGAAGUUAGGCCUAAGUAAGACAAUUAAGAAAUGCAAGGUAUGGCAGAACAAUGUUUGAAGAUUUGAGCAUAAUAUAUUUCUACAAGUUAUAUUGUUUGUCGUGGUAGAAGAGUAUGGAAUAUCUGUGCUGUGGAUAUAAGCUUUCUGGUGUGUUGAUUGUUCCAACUAUAUUAUACAUUGUGAUUAUGUGAUAUUUUUUCCGAAUUGUUUUCAAAAAUGUUUUUCAUAUA